CGAAGAGUGCAGAUGGAUCAAUACGGUCGACAGAAGUUUUAACUAUCUGGAGUGCGGAUAAAUUUUUACUGAGAGUCGUAUAGGAAUCUAUAAUCUAGUACUUUCCAAAAUACGCCGAGAGUAUUCCUGAUGGUGAAACGAGCGUUGCUUCAUCGAACGCAGCUAAAGAAAACAACAUCUAUGUAGUUGGUGGUACGAUGCCUGAAAUAGAGGGCGCUAAAUUGUACAAUACCUGUACUAUUUGGGGUCCCGAUGGAACUUUGAUAGCAAAACACCGAAAGGUACAUCUAUUCGACAUCGACAUUCCUAAUAAGAUUACUUUUCGAGAGAGUGAUUCACUCAGUCCUGGUAACUCCCUAACGACGUUCGAUGUGAAGGGCUGCAAAAUAGGUAUUGGCAUUUGCUAUGAUAUUAGAUUCGAGGAAAUGGCACGCAUUUAUCGGAACAAAGGUUGCCAAAUGCUGAUAUAUCCAGCGGCAUUCAAUAUGACCACUGGACCACUGCACUGGUCAUUACUUCAGCGUUUCAGAGCGAAUGAUAAUCAAUUAUACGUUGCCUGCAUAUCACCGGCUCGUGUUCCUUAAGCAAGUUACGUCGCAUGGGGACAUACACAGUUGACCAAUCCCUGGGGAAAGAUUCUUUACGAUUUGGAAA